CAGAUUAGUGUUUGAUAGUUGCAGUUUAGAGGAGCGGACAGUGAGCAGGUGGGGCAGAAACAUUGCUGGUAAAACAAACUGGUAACGGAAUUUUGGAUACAUUUGGAAAUUCAAGAGCCAUGAAACUACGGGCUCUUGUUUGCAUCCUGCUGCAGCUCACUUUUGAGCUCUCUGCAUGCAGUGAUCUCCAGGUGCUAUCUGGUUCCACUAUGGAGCUUCCCUGUCUCUCCUUUCAAAGUGACUUCAUUGGAGGGUCCAUCACCUGGAAAUUCAAUGGUAAAGAUGUAAGUGCUCAGAUGCCUGGUGCACCGACAGUUAAAAAAAGUGGCAAGUCUCUCUAUAUAUCACAUGUUACUGCGGCCAACCAGGGCCAGUAUGUGUGUUUGAUCAAUCAGGAUCAAAUGGAGAUAAUAACGACAUACAACAUUACAGUUCUUGAAUCCAUUAUCUAUUACAUCAAGGUAACUGAAGGCUCCGAUGCUCAGCUCCCAUGCAAUUUCCCACGUUCCAGCAAUGUCAAGGCCAAUGCACUUUGGUUCAAAGAGACAGGUGCGGAGAAGAAUAGAACACUGCUGAAUCCUGAAGAUGUACCAACAGCUGAAGAUAACAGAGUGGAGCUGAUGUAUCCAUCUGACCCGGAUCAAACCCUCCUAAUCAGAAACGUUGUCAUGGAGGAUGCUGGACAAUACCUAUGUGAAUCUGCAGAGGGGGCAACACUCAGCUCUGCAUUAAUCAUUGUUGAAGUUGCUCCUACCAGAGCUGCGCACACAUGCAUCGGCUUCACCACAGCAUGGGAGCCCUGCCAGGACGAGAACAGCCGCACAGAGGAACCCAUGCUGCAGGAAUCCGUCACAGAGUUUUCCAUGAAGCUGUACUCUUUCCUCAAAGAUUCACAACCGUCUAGCAACCUGCUGUUCUCUCCUAUCAGUAUCGGCGGGGCACUCUUCCAUUUGUUGUUAGGUGCAAGGAGUGACACUCAAAAAGCCAUAGAGAGGGCUCUCUGUGUGCCUCAUGACUUCCACUGUGUUCACCUCCAGAUGAAGAAGCUGAGAGAGAAGCUGGCCGGUUCCUUACAGAUGGCUUCUCAGAUCUACUAUAACCCACAGAUGAAUCUGAGCAAGUCAUUUAUUGACCAGUCGAUCCAGUUCUAUGAAGCGGAGCCCACCAGGCUGCUGGAAGCCAGCGAGGAGAACACGCGGAUGAUCAACAGCUGGGUGGCAAAUAACACCAACAAUAAAAUCCAACACUUGGUUGACUCUGUAUCUCCCGGUACACAGCUGAUGCUGCUUAACGCUGUCUCCUUUAGUGGUCAGUGGAAGACCAAGUAUGAGAUGAAACCCAGGAAAAGACAAUUCACAAAACUGACUGGUGAUAUGGUGACCGUGCCAGUCCUUUAUCACCAGAAAUAUAUGGCGGCUGUGGCACAUGUAGUUGAGCUAAAAGCGCAGGUGGCAAGGUUUGCUCUCACAGGUGACAGCAGCCUUUACAUCUUGCUGCCUCGCUCCAGCACACUGACUGACCUGCAGCAGGUGGAGGAGAGGAUGACGGACACGGCUGUGCAUCAAAUGAUAGAACAACUGAAGGCAAAAGCUCCUCAGUUUACUGAGGUCACUCUGCCCAAAAUCAAGCUGGAUGUCCAGCCAGACAUGAAUAUACUCAUCAAGAAAUUAGGACUGACGUCACUCUUCGAGGAACCCAACCUGUGUGGCCUCUACUCUGAGGACAGGUUGGUUCUGGACGAAGCCAGACAUCGGGCCUUCCUCGCUCUGACCGAACAAGGAGUCGAGGCUGCAGCCGCCACCUCUGCGUCGUUCUCUCGCUCAUUCCCUGCCUUCUCUGCCCUGCAACCUUUCAUCAUGCUGCUGUGGAGUGACCAGACCAAUGUGCCACUCUUCAUUGGCAGAGUGACCGAGCCAUAAGAGAGAGAGAGAGAGAGAGAGAGAGAGAGAAAGAGAGAGAGAGAGAGAGAGAGAGAGAGAGAGAGAGAGAGAGAGAGAGAGAGA